AUGUCUGUUCACUUUAAAUUGAAGAGUGAAAUUGAUUAUGAUACCUAUUCUUUCGAAGGUAGUUUCAUAUCUGUAGGUGAACUCAAAAAGUAUAUCCAGAAAAAAAGGUUAGGCAAAUCCACUGAUUUCGAUUUAUUACUCACAAAUUCUCAAACAAAUGAAGAGUACAAAGAUGAAACCUUAAUGAUUCCAAAGAAUACAUCAGUUAUUGUCAGUAGAAUUCCAAUUACAAACGCAAGUAGAUUCCAACAUUCAGCUCCAGUUAGUGCACCAACUCCAAAUGUUCCAGCUCCAUUAAUUAUUGCAAAUAGUGAAGCAACUGAAGGUGUUGACCAAGAAGAUUUAAAGAUUAAUGCAUUGCUCCAAACAUCAGUUAUUCCAACAGGUGGGGGUUAUAAUAAACAUCAUGGUCAUCAUCCACAUCACCAACAUCAUCAUAACAAUAAUAAUAAUCACUAUAGCAAUCGUUCUGAAGGCGGUGGUACCAGUGGGGCAAAUGGUAGUGGUAGUGGAGCAAAUGGUGCUACACAAAAACCACAACCAGAAAAAGCGCCACAUCCAUCUUAUAUAUGCCAUCGUUGUUACCAAACCGGUCAUUUCAUUAACCAAUGUCCAACUAACGGUGAUCCUAAAUUUGAUAAACAAAAAAUGAAGAAACCAUCAGGUAUUCCAGUAACUUUCUUAAAGCCAUUACAACCCUCAACUACUCAAACACCAAUGGGUCCAUCAACUGUAUUAAUGCCAGGUGGUGGUGUUGCUGUAGUUUUAACAAACGAAUCCCAAUUUAAUAAAAUGGCAAAAACUAUCAUCUCUACCGAAGAAGCCAAAAAACAAAAGCAAUUACAACAACAGCAAUUAGCACAACCAAAUUCAACCACUACAAAUCAACCACUAUCACCAUCAUCAUUUAACACCACCACAUCCACAGUUUUAACCACAUCAAAAGCCGAUGAAUUUGAAUCGUUUAAUAUUGAAGAAUGUAAAAAAUGUAAUAAAACCUCAAGUAGUGAAAAUCAAAUUCAUGGUAUAAAAGCAAAUUGUUGCUUAAAUGAAAUUUGUUUUGAUUGUAUUGAAACAAAUAUCAUAAAUUUAAAUAAAAAAACCUGUCCGCUAUGUUUUUGUCCUUUUGAUGUUUCAGAAUCAGGUGAACAAGGGGCCUUUAGUAAAAAUGGUAUCCCACAGUUUUAUAAAAAGAAAAGAGAACUCGAACAAAACACCAAUAACAAUGAUGAAAAUAAAAAAAGAUUUAAACCAUCAUAUAAUAAUGAAUUUAAUAACAACAACAAUAAUAAUAAUGACUCAACUGUUUAUGAACAUUACCAAAAGCCAAAAUAUAAUAAUAAUAACAAUUCCAAUAAUAACUAUCACCAAGAAAAAUACUAUAGAAAUGAUCAAAGAUAUAAUGUUGACCCAAAUAUAGACUAUAGGUAUGCCAAUGGCCAAUAUCCACCAUACUAUCCAGAUCCAUAUGCUGGUGCCCAUUAUUAUGAUCAACAAUUACAAAUUCCAUCAUACUACCCCACUGGAAGAAAUGCAUAUAAUAAUAAUAAUAGUAACAAUAAUAAUAAUAAUAAUAAUGGUAAUAAUAAUAAUAGAGAAGAAAAUGCAGAUGACAAUAGAUCUCAUAGGGAUGAAAGAGAUGGUAAUAGAAAUAGAGAUAGCCGUGAUAAAGAUUAUAAGAGUGGUGAUAGAGAAUAUAGAGAAAGAAGAGAUAAAGAUUCAUCAUACAAAAGUGAUAGUGGCAAUAGAAGAGAUGAUAGAGAUAAUAGAGAUAGAGAUAGAGACAGAGACCACAAGAGCAGCAGUAGUGAUAGUAGAAGAGAUGAUAGAGAUAGAGAUUACAAGAGUGGCAGUGACAAUAGAAAUAGAGACAGAGAUAGAGAUAGAGAUUACAAGAGCAGUGAUAAUAGAAGGGAUGAUAGAGAUAGAGAUUACAAGAGCAGCAACGAUGGUAGAAGGGAUGAUAGAGAUAGAGACAGAGACAGAGAUAGAGAUAGAGACAAUAAAAGAGAUGACCACAAAGGCAGUAGUGAUAGAGAUAGAGACCGUAGAGAUAGCCGUGAUAAAGAUUAUAAAGAAAGUAGUGGAAAUAGAAAUAAAGAAAAAGAAAGAGAAAAAGAUUAUAGAUCAAGCAGCAGUAGCAACAGAAGAUAUUAA